UCAUCUAUAAAAGCGUCCUCACUCAUCCCUUUGGCAUACCACCACACACCCACCUUAUCCACUCAAGCUAGCUACCACUCAUUAAUUAUAUAGGAAGAAACAAUGACUGCAGCAGUGCCAGUGGCGCCGUUCUCAUUUCUCUGCGGUGGUUUUGUGAGUUUAAUAAUUAUAUUAUGGGCAUGGAGAGCGGUGAACUGGGCGUGGGUGAAGCCGAAGAGGCUGGAGAGGAGGCUGAGGCAGCUAGGGUUUUGUGGAAAUCCCUACAAGCUGUUUCAUGGAGACUUGAAGGAGAUGACUAUGAUGACCAAAGAGGCUUUAUCCAAACCCAUCGGCCUCUCUGACGAUGUUCUGCUGCGUGCUGUUCCAUUCCUUUACUAUACUGCCCAGAAAUAUGGUAAGAAGUCAUUUAGAUGGAUUGGUCCCAUUCCAAGGGUGACCAUUAUGGACCCUAAAUUGAUCAAGGACAUUUUGUUCAACCACGAUAUCUUUCGGAAGCCAAACUCAAAUCCAGUUGGAAAGUUACUAAUAAAUGGACUCGUAAACUCAGAAGGUCAACAGUGGACUCAACGGAGAAAGAUAAUGAACCCAGCAUUCCAUUUAGAAAAGUUAAAGAAUAUGAUGCCUGCAUUUCAUUUGAGUUGUAACGAGAUUUUGAAACAAUGGGAGAUGGUGGUGAUGAAAAGUGGGUCGUGCGAAUUGGAUGUGUGGCCAUACCUUGAAAAUUUGACAGCAGAUGUCAUCUCACGUACAGCAUUUGGCAGUAGCUAUGAAGAAGGAAAAAAGGUAUUCCAACUUCAAAGAGAGCAGUCAACCAAUCUACUUCAAGUUAUGCAAUCAACUUACAUCCCAGGAUGGAGGUUUGUGCCAACUAAGACAAACCUAAGGAUGAAAGAAAUCAACAAUGAAGUGAGAGCCGUAGUGAGAGGUAUAAUUAGAAAAAGGGAGGAGGCAAUGAGAGCAGGAGAAGGAAACAACGAUGACUUCUUGGGAAUACUUUUGGAAUCCAAUCUUAAAGAACUUGAGGAAUGCAAAAAUAAGAAAGAGAUGGUGAUGAGCAUUGACGAAGUGAUUGAAGAAUGCAAAUUGUUCUAUUUUGCUGGCCAAGAGACUACUAGAAACUUUCUUGUGUGGGCAAUCAUUUUGCUAUGCAAACAUUCUGAUUGGCAAAUCCGUGCAAGAGAAGAAGUUUUCCAAGUUUUUGGGAAAAAUGAACCAGACUUUGAUGGUUUAAGUCAUCUCAAGACUGUCACAAUGAUUUUAAAUGAGGUGCUUAGGUUAUACCCACCAGCAACUGAGCUUGUUCGAACUAUUUACAAGGAGACCAAGUUAGGAGAAUUAUGCUUGCCAGCAGGAGUGCAACUUUCACUGCCAAUUAUCCUACUUCAUCAUGAUCGUGAAAUUUGGGGUGAUGAUGUAAAAGAGUUUAAGCCAGAAAGGUUUUCCGAAGGGAUUUUAAAGGCAACAAACAACCAAGCAGCUUUCUUCCCAUUUAGCUCCGGACCCCGAAUAUGUAUCGGACAAAAUUUUGCACUCGUGGAAGCAAAAAUAGCUUUGGCAAUGAUCCUACAACGCUUCUCUUUUGAGCUAUCUCCAUCUUAUGCACAUGCCCCUCAGAAUCAUCUAACUCUUCAACCCCAACAUGGAGCUCACAUAAUUUUACAUAAAAUAUAGUAUUACAUAUAGUGUUCACUAAAAUAAAAUGCUUGGGUUUGUAUGACAAUAGCUAUUUAGCACUGUGAUGUAUCGUAUUCAAAAGUUAAUGAAGAGAAUAUAUCAAAAAUAAAUUUCUUGCAA